AUGAAACGACAUUUUGAUUCGUCGCCACCUUCAUCGUCAUCUUUAUCAAAUUCGCAAAUCUCUUUAGAUGAAUUUGGACCAACACCGAAACGUCAUCGUAUUUUUAUUUCUUCGCCAAUUUUACCACUAAAUAAUGACACUCAUAUAGAAGCCGACGAUGCAGAAGAAGAAAUAAUUAUUGAUGAUCCUAUAGCUUCACCAGUGACUUUUAAUCUCGCCAGUGAAAAUGAACAUAAUAGUGAUGAUGAUAUUAUCGAAAUUGAACAGGAAAGUUUUAAUAUUUUUGUUGACCAAAAUGAUAAUCAAGUAAUUAUUGUUUCUAAUUCGGAUGAUGAUCAACGCAGCGAUGUUACUCAUGAUAUACCUUCAUCAGUAUCCUCCAUAAUUAAUAUGUCCAUUGCUUCAUUUGAUAUUGAAGAUGUGGAGAUUGUUGAAGGAGAGGUUAAUGUUGAACUUUCAUUAGCACACGAAGAAGAAUACGAACAACAAGUAACUAAUGACGAUUGUCCUGAAUCUCUUGAAAUUCUUACCGAUGUUGAUGAUAAUAUUAGUGAUAAUGAAUUGAUAGAUCUGACAGAAGAUGAAUUUAUUUCAAUUUCUUGUUCAUCAAAUUCAUGUGAGCGUAAAUUAUCUAUUGAUGUACAACAAUGUCCAAUUUGUCUAGAAACGCUAAAUCAUUUACAACGUACAGGUGUUUAUUUAAUAAUUACUCGAUGUCGUCAUGUUAUGUGUACAUUAUGUACUCGUCAAUUAUUAGCUACCUCAUCUCGAUGUCCUCUAUGUCGAGAGAAUAUGGCUCUUGCAGCAAUUCAAGCAUUGUAUGAUGAUGAUGAUGAUGAUGGCAAACACGAUGAGAAAACUAUUGCAGAAGAAGAAAUAAAUGAUCGAAUGGCUGUUAUUAAUGAUCCAACAUUUUCUGUCAUGUCAAAAAUUAAACUUAAUUUGACACCAGCUAUUGCUGUCCGACCAGAAGAUACAAGCAGUUUUCUAGAUAUUAGAACAAGAGAAGUCCAAUACAAUCCUAAAUAUGAAGAUAUGUAUGCACCAGUAUUUGGCCCAUCGAAUCCCAAUUUAACACAACAGCAAAGUAGCCAUAGAAAUACAAUUAAUGGUCAUGUUGAAUCAACUACUUUGAGUGAUUUUCAAUUUGAAAAUCAACGGCGAACAUUUGAUAGUUUUGGUUAUGCAGCUGAUCCCAGCGUUGGAGAACAUCCAACACAGCAGAUUAUUGGUGAUCAAGUUAGUGCUGAAAUAAAUCAAGGCAAAACUAUAUUUGAAACCAGUCGAAAACUUUUGAAUGAAAAAAGAAAAAAAGAAAAGAACAAUGAUUCAAGUGAUGUUGACCGUUAUCAAGGCCCAUGGGCUCCAUAUGUUGAUGAAAUCACUGUAUCACGUCCAUCGGAGGAAGAGCAAAAGGAAAUCGAUGAACAUCUAGCUAAAAGAAAGAAGAUAAAACGACGUAAUUUAGAAGAUCAACAUGCUCCAAUAUCUGCUCGCGAUCCUGAAUCAACAACAUUAAAUAAAGAAGCAGAAGAUCCAUCAUCAUCAACAUUACACAUUAAAGACCCAUAUGAUUAUCAAGGUCGAUCAUAUCUUCAUAUACCACAAGAUGUUGGUGUUAAUCUACGUUCAGAUCAUGGACCCCAACGAUGUUUUAUUCCAAAACAAUGUAUACAUAUAUACAAGGGACAUACAAAAGCUGUACAAAAGAUUCAUUAUUUUCCUGUUUCUGCUCAUCUAUUUCUAACUUGUUCAAUGGAUUGCAAAGUCAAAUUAUGGGAAUUCUAUAAUGAACGUCGUUGUAUUCGAACAUUUUCUGGACAUAGUCAAGCCGUGCGAGAUGUUAGUUUUAAUAAUGCAGGCACAGAAUUUUUAUCAGCAUCAUAUGAUAAAACUGUUAAACUAUGGGAUACAGAAACAGGUCAAGUAAAAAGUAAAUUUCCAAUGCGUAAAAUACCAUAUUGCAUAUCAUUUAAUCCAAGUGAACAUAAACAACAUUUAUUUAUAUGUGGUAUGUCGGACAAGAAAAUUCUUUGUUUUGACAUUCGAAGUGGUCAUGUUGUACAAGAGUAUGAUCGCCAUUUGGGUGCUAUAAAUACAGUUACAUUUGUUGAUCGAAAUCGUCGAAUCGUUUCAACGUCCGAUGACAAAAGUAUACGUGUUUGGGAAUGGAAUAUUCCGGUUGAUUUUAAAUAUAUUGCUGAUCCAACAAUGCAUUCAAUGCCAGCUGUUGCUCAAUCACGAAAUGGUAAAUAUUUAGCGUUUCAAUCUAUGGAUAAUCAAAUUCGAAUUAUGGAACCAUUGGCUAAUUUUCGAUGGAAGAGCAAAAAAAUAUUCAAAGGACAUAUGGUAUCUGGUUACGCAUGUGGCUUAGAUUUUUCACCAGAUAUGUCUUAUUUGAUUAGUGGUGAUGCAGAUGGACGUCUAAUUAUUUGGGAUUGGAAAACAACACGUAUUUUUGAACAAAUUAAAGCUCAUGAUGAUGUAUGCAUUGAUGCUAAAUGGCAUUGGCAUGAAAAGUCAAGGGUUCUUACAGCUGGAUGGGAUAAUGUCGUCAAACUUUGGGACUAA